AUGGCUUCGUCGGCACCCGACCAGCAGGAUGCCUGGAGGGUAACUGCUCAAGAGGCGUUCGACAGCAUCCAGAAUCCGCCAGAUGAUAGUGACUCGGAAUCGCCAAUUGACCGGGUCAUCACAGGAAGUAGCGGAGAUGAAUACUCAAUCGCGAGCGAUCCCGAUGAUGACGACUGGGAAACGGCAUUGCGUUGGAAUUGGGACCAAGUUUCGAAAGAGAUGCUGGAUAGCAUCGAUUGGAGGAAGAGUGCGCGAAAUGUGCAGAAGGAUCCAAGUGCACCCAAACCACUGAGACCGCCGCCUCAGAAAGACGACUUCAAGGGGGUGUUCAGCUACGUUGAAUAUAUUCCCACGUGGACCUCUCCGAGAUUCGAUCCCGACAAGGAAUACUUUGGCGUCGAGGGGGAGGACGAAAUCACCUUUCAGCGGUGGAAAUCCAGCUUCUGGUCCCGCCUUCGGCCUGCACAGGCAAUGGUUGACUCCUUCUACAACCCUACGGAGAUGGCAAAGCGUUACGGCAUCUAUCCCAAAAGACAGGAUGGCAGGUCAAGACUAUCGCCUCUCGACUCGGUAUCAAGAAAGGUCCUGUUGGAUAAGCCGAUCACGACUCCAAACGGUACAGAAAAGAGCUUUGUGGACAUGAAGUACUACAAGUGGGUUUACGACCAUGAGUAUCAGAGUCCGGAGAACGCGCCCAACGUAGCCGCUGGACAGAGCUUCGAGGAUUUUUUGCUCGAGCGGUCAAGGGCCAGUGAAGAUGCACAGCAGCAAGAUCCUUCCGAGGUUUACGAGAAGCUGCUACUGUUUCACAAUCAGAUCAGAGACGAUCAGGAGUAUCAAAGAGCCUACUUCAACGAGUUUACCACUGACGAGUUGCUCGCUCAGAAAGUACUUCAUUUUCGAGACGACGUCGGGUACGACCUCCAAGGCGUUUUGCACCCGCUUCUUAGGCGAGAAAAGUGGAUUACAACCGAGGAUCGAGGCGACGAUAUAGACACGCCAAAAUUAUUGUGGUCUUUUGGCGGGAACAGAGGGGAAUGGUCGGCGCAUGACGACACCGUCUGGACCGCCCUGCAGCCAGCAUUACAACUCCUGACUCGGUUCCUGCGGUUGGAUGCACCAGUCUUUACCAGCAUGAUGGACUACCGUAGCCAGCGGCCUUUCGACCAAGUAAUUCUCUGGGGACGCAGGGCCGCUGGCAAGAGACAGCGCAUCGCGUGGUUUGCAGAAGUGGACCCGAACAAAUCCUGGGCAUGUCUUGCAAGACUACACGACCUAGGAUUCAACUCUGUAGAGUGGGUCCAGACUAUUCUGGAGGAGCGCCUGGAGUUGGUGGUGGGCUCGGCGUAUCGCGACCAAGAUGGCAGAUGCAGCUCAAGACAUUUUGCCUGGACCAACUUGAUGGGGCGGAUCGAUGUUGCGCCUGACAUAAAAACGCUGAGCAGCAACUGGAGAAUCAGAAUAGAAGUCGCUGCCGAAAUCAUCUGGCCGCUUCUAUCACCAAAUUUUACCCAGGCGGAGAAGCUGACGUGCUCCUUUGCCCUCGCCGCGACACUAUUUCACGAGUUUGCACAUGCUAUCACAAUUGCACUGGAGACCAUGCGUGUGUACCCAACGCUGUUCUCCCAGAAAGAAUUCGAACCUGGUUCACGGCUCUCGCAUGAGGAACAUCAUGAACUCAUGAUUGCCAACCAAGAGAUGCCAGAAGAUGGUAGCGAGCCUUUCUUUGAGUAUCACACGGAGGCCGAAGCAGGAUUUGCCGUCGAAGCCGAGAUAUUUGGAGGCACUGUUUACCCCAUCUUUCACUCCUCGGCAGGCAAUACCCCCGACCACUUCGGCAUUCUCACCACCGCACUCAACUUGUCACCGUUCCCUAGACCUCGCCCAGUUGAAGUAAACAACCUUCCCAUAGACGUGCUCCCAGAUUGGACACCCCCUGUGCUCGAGUUUGCCACACCGCUUCCCUACGACGUGACGGCCCGGCUCUUUACCCAAAGGUUCUGGGACAUGGACUACAAAAGAUUUGGCCUCGAGAUGCUGAAGCUGUACCCAGAAGGCAGGAUCACCAAAGGUGCGGUUCCUCGUAUGGCGAUGCACAUGGUAACUGCCCUGGCGCCCAUAUUUGGAAAGAAGAGAGCCCACUGGAUGACCAGGGCCCUCCGCGAGCUGAACCAAAAGGGAUUCGAUACCAUCGCAAACUACCUCAACGAGGUGUGCAGACAGUACGUCUUACCCAAGGUGACGCGACGAAACUGGUACCUUGAGAGCCAUAGAUGGCCUUUUGAUGUUGCGAGGGUUCAAGACUGCCUGGACGGUGUACGGGUGACGGGCAACCGAUUCCUGGUUGCCUUUGCUAAGCUGACGGAGGAUGAGGAUCAAAGGCGUCAAACCGUCAGGAACUUCAUGUCCGUAGCACAGCAGCCGACAGUAGCACCAGCCGUCAGCUUCGAAGCAUGCUUUGGGCAUUACAUGGAGCAACUCACACGAUCGACGGAACAGACCUUCUUCGCGUUCAUAUCGUGGCUGAAGGCUCUGGAGCGUGUCAUGGCCUUGAGGCUGCAACAGUCACAGUUUCUCGUCCGUUCGUACUUGCAGCUUGACAUAUCCGACCGAUGCACCAUUAGUGAGGGCAGAGGAAAGCUGCUGCGCGGACACAUGAGAAAGAUCGUCAUCGUGCCAUACAACAAAGUCAAGCUGUGUUUAGUGGCAACGGUGAACUUCAUACAGUCGCGACUUGACCACGAAACGGCAAGGAAAUACGUUGCAGAGCUCGAAGCGUCCUAUGGACACUUGAUGAGCAUUGCACAGAUGACAGAGGAGACGAUGGGUUAUCUGAAACCAGCCAACGAACACAGGAACGUCGACGGCGCCGGCGCCACCUUGGCUUACUUGCCGUCGAGCACUUUGGACCCAGCGGCGCGUGCCGAGCGUCUCAGGCCAAUCGCCAUGGCAGAUUUGGAGUUUGUAAAAUCCGAACAAGUCAAGGAAAUCGUGAGCGUCUUCGAGACCAUAUUUCGGGCCCAAGAUGGAAACGAGAUCCUGUCCAGGGAUCAGGCCACGCUCGACGAUAAGCUCGACGAACUGAGUAACCUUCUCGGGGCGAGGGGCGUGGGUGGCGUGAGCGCGCAAGCUGCUGUUAGCGACCGGCAGUCCAGACCUCCAGGAGGCCCCGGGUCGGGCCCUGGGCGGGGUCAGCGUGGCGCUGCGAAUAUGUUCAAAUUGGGUCCAAAGACCGGAGGCAGCUCGCGGGUGACCAAACAGCAGAAGACCACGACAACAAAGCUGCGUAAGUUCCAUGCAGAGACCACUGUCAACAGGCUUUUCAACCGAAACCCAGCUGGGAAAUCUAGCAGAACCACACACACCUUCCAGAAGUCCACUGCCCUCCCCAAUGCACCCACCAUCACGGGGUCGGCUCAGGCCUCCACGCCAUUUACCCAGUAUGCAUCCGCCAACGCGGCAAUGAUGGGCUUCCCAUCACAGACGCCAGGCCAGCCAUCCGCAUUCGCCGCCCCCGCACCACCGGCAAACCCUUUCGACGACAGCGCAAUGCCCGCUCGGCAGCAGCAGCGCUUCCCGCUGUUCCCGCACCCGUUCGCAGACCAGACCACGCUGAACGAUGACCUGACGCCGGCGGAGCGGAACUGGGGCGCCCAGAUCGCCGUGGCGCAGCUGCCCAACGACAUGCGGUCCUAUCGCGGGCGGGUUGCCGAGAUGCUCGAGUUCGACGGCGCCGCCGCCGCGUCGGCCCUCAUGACUAUGGCGUCGCUCGGCCCGCCCUCGCAGGAUGGGGGGCCCGGCAACAGGCGGCAGGCGCUGGCCGUCCAUGCGGCCGUAACCCAGGCAGUAAGCGCGACCCAGCCGGCCACGGCUGCUGCGGGCCCCGCGGAUCUCCGCUCCGCCGCGGCUUCCAUGCAGCCCGUGCAGCUGCUGACGGCGACGUGGGCAGCUGCGUGGACUCCCAGUGGCGCCGGUGCCGGUGCCGGUGCCGCGGCCGUCAGUGUGACGAAUCAGCUGGCGGAGUACGCGACGCGGCGGAUGGUCCAAGAAGGAUCACAGUCUCAGCCCCAGUCGACUGCCCCAGGUGGCGAUGGCGCUGCUUCUGCUGCUGCCCCUAAUCCACAGGCUGGAGAGGUGCCGAGUUGGACACAGCUAUCGACCGUCGAUCGGAUUCUGGGUGCUGUGAUGGUUGCGAGUGGUCCUGAUGCUAUGGAGAUUGACGAUCAGGAUGAGGAGACUCAGUGA